UUAUUUUAGAAUAUCUUAUUUUAGAAUAACCAGCGUAAGUUUGACAAAUUAUCAAAGUUCUUUCGUAAUGGAUAGAAUGAUUAAAUGAUAUUUCAUUACAGAAUAUUCGAUUUUACUAAAUAUCAAAGAACUUUUGCCCUUUCUUAAGAUUCCUGUUAUCCUCGCAUAAAUCUCUUUAUUUUUAAUUCAUUACCGGGGAAAGGUCCCGAGGGAAAUGUCCAUUUACUAACCGUAUUCAACUCAAUUCUUACGUUCAUUUAACUUUAUUCUUAAAAUUAACUCAACUUAAUUGUUAAAAUAUUUUCGACAUAAAAUUUUCCAAUGUUAAUUAUUUUUUAUGCAAAUUAUAGAAAAGAAAUACAAAUGAUUAACGUCUGAAGUUAGAUAUAUUUGAUUUUCAAAUACAUUAAUUAGAACGAUUGGAAUAUUACGUGGUUUUCUGUUUUCAUAUCUAAUGCAAUAACAAGUUAAUUUCGGAUCAAUUCACAUGAAUGACGAUCAUGAAAAUGUCAUAAGAUAAGAGAUUUUCGAAGAAUAAUCGAGAUUUUAUAGAAAUAUAAAAAAAUCACGAGGAAUGAGGAAAGUUAUUUUCCUUGGUUUUAAUCUUGAUUGAUAAUUAAUAUUAUUCUUUGAUCAAGGAUCUUUUACAGGAAAUGUUAUAAGGAGUGAAAAAAAAAGAAAAGGAAGAUAAAAAUAUCAUUAAGAACUAUAGAACCGAUAAGAAGAUACGCGAAGAUAUACAUUUACACAUAUUUGAACGCGCGUUCACGUAGCAAGUAGAUAUGAUAAAAAGUCAUGCGCGUUCAGUUACAAGGGGUUGUCGAUACCGAUAUAAAUUGACGUACAGAUCGUCCCAUAGAGCGCAGAUAGUCGAUCCCUCGGUUAAGAUACAUAGAGAAGAAUAGAAAGAGAAAGAUUUUCAUAGAUUUUUUUCGAGGAUCUUUCGAUCGAUUCGAUUAUUCACAGUGAAUUUAAUUCGAACGAUCGAACGAUCGAUCUUGGCUAACUUUCAUUAUAAGAUCGUUCGAGUUUUGAUCGAUUGUCAUCGUGAGUCACUUUCGUUUUACAUAUUUUGAUGACAAAACAAAAUUUUUUUUCUAUCGAUCAAGAUCAAACUUUGUAAAUCGUGCACCAAAAAUUGACUAGUUCUUCGUCCUAAAUAUAUUCAACGCGAUGGAGGACAUCAAGGAGCGAAUGGAUGACCCAGGAAAGUUUCGACAAUUUGUAGCAGCGAUGGUUGUGAAUCUAGCAACCAUGACGUAUGGGACAAUGAUCGGUUGGCAAUCACCAAUGGCACCAAAAUUACAAAGUGAAGAUCCUCCAGUUGGAAUAAUAGCAAUGACAAACGAAGAAGUUUCUUGGCUGAGUGCAAUUAUGUGUUUAGGAGGAAUUGUAACAACUCCAAUAAUGGGUCCAAUAUCAGAGAAACUUGGACGCAAGAUGACGGGUUGUCUUCUUGGUCUACCAUUCCUGACUUGUUCUUUUUUAAUGAUUUUCGCGACCAAUCAAAUACAUAUCUUUAUUGCACGUUUCUUCGCCGGUGUGGGUGGUGCAGGUGCGUUCUUUUUAGUCCCACUUUACGUUUCCGAAAUUUGCUGCGACUCGAUACGUGGUAUGCUGGGUAGUCUGCUCGUUUUGGUGGUGAACGUAGGAAUCCUGAUAGCUUACAUAUUAGGUGCCUUCUUGUCUUUCAAGAUCUUUAAUAUUUGCAUCGCUGUGCUACCUAUGAUCUAUCUAGGAAGUUUUCUUUUUCUACCAGAAACACCUGUUUAUUUGAUUCGCUAUAAUCGACUUCGUGAGGCUGAUAGGUCUUUGAUGUGGCUGAGGGCGGGACAUCAAUUGACGGUAGAGAGAGAGCUACUACGUUUGCAGAUCGCUGCGAAGGAAGCCGCAACAUCAACUAAAUCCGUUGGUUUCAUGGAUCUCUUCAGGAAUAGAGGAACAAUCAAGGCAUUAAUAAUCGCUCUAGGCAUCUUCGGUGGUCAACAAUUCUGUGGUAUAUUUGCUAUGAUAAGCUAUACUGAGACGAUUUUUCGUAUAUCAGGGAGUUCGUUAUCACCGAACACAGCUGCGAUCACCGUAGGUGCCAUACAAGUUAUAGGAUCCUAUCUAUCAACUUCACUGAUGGAACGAACCGGUAGAAGACCUCUCCUAUUAAUAUCCUGUAUGGGGAUGUGCAUUUGCCAUUACGUCCUUGGUACUUUCUGCUAUCUUCAAGAAUUGAAUUAUGACAUUUCUGUAUUUGGUUGGAUACCUGUGGUAGCUUUAUCGGUUUAUGUGAUUACAUAUUGUUUGGGUAUGGGUCCUGGACCCUAUGUGAUUUGCUCUGAAAUAUUCGAACAGGACAUCUUCAGUUUAGCAAUUGCAAUAACUCUUCUCUUUACUUGGAUCAUUGCCUUCAUGGUAGUGAAGUUCUUUGCGAAUUUGGUGGAUCUGAUCGGCAUGUUCGGAUGUUUCUUUAUUUUGGGCACUUCCUGUAUUUUAACUUUCAUCUUCAUUUACGUUUUUAUACCAGAAACGAAGGGAAGGUCGCGAGAAGAUAUUUUAAAUGAAUUAAAUGGCGGACAUUCUUGGGCUUCGACGGUCGGUGAUAUUAAGAUUUCAACGACGCAUGCAUGACGUUCGUUAGAGAUUGCUAUAAUUGAAGAGAAAAUGGAUGUUCUCUUAGAUGAAUCGAAAAUUUCUUAGAUAAUAAUAAGUAAAGAUUGUUGAGAAAGUGAACAUUGAUUUGUUGGCUGUGCAAUGAGUGCUUCAAUAGCUGUUAUGUAUGAAGUAUAUCGAUCGGCUGGACCGAUUUUUGCGAAUCGUUCUUUUGAACUUUGUACAAAGAAUAUUUUACUUUUAAAAAAGUAUAUAUAUAUACAUAUAUAUUACAAUAAUAUUUUAUAUCAAUAAUAUAAGUAUAGAUUAUAUAGGAUAAAUAAGAUAUGAUUGAAGGAUAUUGAAAAAAGAAAUAUUUGUGUGUUAUAGACAAAUCACACUAUAUUUUAAAUAAUAUUAUUUUUUUCCUAUAUAGUGUUCGUUCUAAAACCUAUAAAUACAAUGUUUAGGUGAAUGUUUCAAUGUUUUCUAUAAUAUGGUAAAAGAAAUCAGCGAUGAUAAUUAUUACAAGUAUUUUAUAUUUGUAUCCACUUGCUUUUUCUAUCUCUACAUUUUCUUCUUAUUUAUUAAUUAAAUUAUAAUGCCCGAA